CUGUGCCCGCUCCGCCGCCGGCACAGGGAGAACGAGCAGCCGGCACAGGGUGAACCACAACCCCCGGGGAGGGUGAAACGCCGCCCGGCCGAGGGGUGAACAACCAGCCGGGCGCGCCCCCCGCCCGCCUUCCCUCCUCCCUCCCUUCCUCCCUCCCCUCUUCCUUCCCCUCCCUCCCCGUCCCUUCCUCUCUCCGCCUGGUGCCGCCACCGCCGAGGAGGAGGAGGAGGAGGAGGAACAUGGCGAAAGCGGAGCAGGUCCUCAGCCUCGAACCGCAGCACGAGCUCAAAUUCAAAGGUCCUUUCACAGAUGUUGUCACUACAAACCUGAAGCUCGGCAACCCCACAGACAGAAAUGUUUGCUUCAAAGUUAAGACCACAGCACCACGUAGAUACUGUGUAAGGCCCAACAGUGGAAUUAUCGAUGCAGGAACAUCAAUUAAUGUUUCUGUGAUGCUACAGCCUUUUGACUAUGACCCUAAUGAGAAAAGUAAACACAAGUUUAUGGUUCAGUCUAUGUUUGCUCCAGCUGAUACUUCAGAUAUGGAAGCAGUAUGGAAAGAAGCAAAACCGGAAGAACUCAUGGAUUCGAAACUUAGGUGUGUGUUUGAGCUACCAGCAGAAAAUGAUAAGCCUCAUGACAUAGAAAUAAAUAAAAUUGUAUCCACAACUGCAACAAAGACAGAUUCCUCUGUAAUGUCUAAAUCAAUAAGUUCUUCUUUGGAUGACACUGAAGUUAAGAAAGUAAUGGAAGACUAUAAGAGGCUUCAAGUAGAAGUUCAGAGGUUACGGGAGGAGAAUAAACAGUUUAAGGAAGAAGAUGGACUGCGGAUGAGGAAGGUACCCCAGCCAAACAACCCAAUCUCUCCUUCUGCAGCUGCUGUCAAGGACGAAGGGCUCAGCUCCAGACUACUUGCUUUGGUGGUUUUGUUCUUUGUCUUUGGUGUAAUUAUAGGAAAAAUAGCCUUGUAGAGGCAGCAUGCUGGAAAUUGUAAAUUGGUUUGAUGGUUCUGCCAUAUCAUUGGAUUAAAUUUAUUCAUAACAAUGUUUAAAAAAAAAAAAAAUUAAUGUAUGACAUCUCACAGGUCUUGCCUUUAAAUUACCCCUGCACAAAUACUAUGUAACAUAAUCUAGAAAGUUUAAAAUGUACGAUGAGCGAAGGAAUGAGAGAGAACACGCUUCAGUGAUGAAGGGGAGGGGGGGAGAAAAUCCUGAUUUAACACUACAAUGGAAUAUUGUAUAUGUCAUUUUAAACAUUCUUAGACCCUGGUACAUGUUGCUGGAUUACCUCUUUUUAAAAAGAAAAAGAAAAAAAAAAGGAAAACUAGAAAAAAAAAAAUUAAACCCUCUUCCUCCAGUGCUGGAGCUGGCCCUAGGGAUGUUUGGAGCUGGGUUAGGCAGGAGGUGUCGAUAACUUCUGUAAAAUACGUUAAUCCACCAUUCUGCUCAUAAAUUUAACAGUUUCUGUCGGUGUCUUCAGCUCUGUGCAAGUUCCCAGUUUCUUGGCACUUCCUGAGUGGUGAGCAGCUGCAGAGAGCCGUGUGUGGGCAGGGGGGGUGCCGGGCAGCACCGAGGGGCUGGUGCUGAUGGCGGGACGCGCUUGGGAUGAGGGGGCGAUGGAUGCCUUGUUCUCACCGAGGGGACCAAGCUACACUGCUGUCGGGUCAUUUAGUCCAAUUAAAAAUGUUAUUCGGAGAUGUUUGAAUGCAUAUUUGACUUCUUUAAUGUAUUUCAUCUCAUGUUUCCUUCUCGUCCCAAAACUGACUAAUCCUGCGUGGUCUGAAAAGGCUCCUGUUCAAAGCCAGUGACUUAGAGCAAAAAACUUGCUGCUGUGCUGGUGUGAGAUUCUUCUGCCUCCUGGUGUUUUGGGCACUACACAAUUAAUUGUUGGGAGUUUUGAUCAUCUGAGCAUUGGGGAAAAAAGUGGUCAGGAAACUUGUUUUUGUAUGUAAAUAAGUCUAUCUAGGGGAAAAAAAAAAUAUUAGUAGUAAACUAGUCCUAUGCCGUAAAAGACCAAUCCUGUUCGACUAUGUAGCAUCUUAAAAAAAAAAAAAAAAAAAAAAA